GCACUUCGCUCGUGCUCGUCAUCUCACGCGAGCCAGCCAGCACGCGUGCCAGAUCCGAGGCGGAGGGGACAGCUCCCAGGUGCUGAAACCGGUGCGCGCUGCAAACUGAGACACGGAGGUGGGAACAUCAACUGCAUUUUACAUCUACAUAAUAAAAAACCGAGUUCUGCAAAACAGAGGCAGAAACAGACCAGAGCCGAGGCCUUCAAAUCAGAUGGCUGCCACUCAGGAUGCGAAGGGGAAGGGAGAGGGAGGGGACCAAAACUUUGACUACAUGUUCAAGCUGCUGAUCAUCGGCAACAGCAGCGUGGGCAAAACGUCUUUCCUGUUCCGCUACGCCGAUGAUGCUUUUACCUCGGCUUUCGUCAGCACGGUGGGCAUCGACUUCAAAGUAAAGACCGUGUACAAGAAUGACAAGAGGAUCAAACUGCAGAUCUGGGACACAGCAGGCCAGGAGCGCUACAGGACCAUCACCACCGCCUACUACCGCGGGGCCAUGGGCUUUAUUCUCAUGUACGACAUCACCAAUGAAGAGUCGUUCGGUGCCGUGCAGGACUGGUGA